CAGCAUGGCCGUGGACUGGCUCGGGUUUGGCUACGCCGCUCUGGUGGCAUCAGGAGGAAUCAUUGGCUAUGCAAAAGCAGGUAGCGUUCCAUCGCUAGCUGCUGGCCUUUUCUUUGGGAGUUUGGCUGGACUGGGGGCGUAUCAGCUCUCGCAGAAUCCAAAUAAUGUUUGGAUUUCUCUGAUUACAUCUGGAACACUGACUGCUGUCAUGGGAACAAGAUUUUACAACUCUGGAAAAUUCAUGCCAGCAGGGCUAAUUGCUGGUGUCAGUUUGCUAAUGGUUGGAAGAUUAGCACUGAAGAUGGUGGAAAAGCCCCACGAUAAGUAACUGUUCAUUUUACAGUUUAAUAUCUGGAUAAGGAAACCUGAUAAUGAAGUUGUGUGAAUGUAGAAGCAAGAAGAUGGAACAAUUUUCUAUACCAAGACAAAUUUUUUUCCUU